CCAAUCCCCAUCUCCAUGGCGACCACGCCGCGUCCGCCGCAGCGCCACCCGCGCUCGUCGCCGGCGCUGAUGGACGACCUCGUGCGCGAGAUCUUCCUUCGCGUACGAGAGGACGACCCCGCGACCCUCUUCCGCGGCGCCGCCGGCUGCAGGAGCUGGCUCAGCAUGCUGUCCGCCCCCGAGUUCGCCCGCGACUACCGCAGGACCUGCCGCGCGGCUGCGGCGCCCGUGCUGGGCUUCCUCCACAACACCACCAACGCGCGAGAGGAUCGGGUCUCCUCCCACUUCGUCCCCACCGCGGCCUACCGCUUCCGCCCACGGACUGGCCUGGGCCUCUCACGCUGGGACGUCCUCGACUCCCGCCAUGGCCUCGUCCUCUUCCACUACCCCAAGAGUAAGAGGAACCAGGGCUUCGUCGUCUGCGACCUCGUCACCGGCCAGAGGUGGACAUUUCGCGACCCCGAGUUCUACAACAUGAUGUGGUGGCACCUCGGCGAUCACAUGGACAAUCGCGUACGCUGUAGUGCCUCAGUGCUCUGCGCCAAGGCCCAAUGUGACCACCUCGACUGCCAUGGCGGCCCUUUCCGCGUGGCCUUGGUGGGCACCAACGAUGCAAACUUGAGAACCCACGCCACCGUCUACUCAUCAGAGACUCGUCAGUGGAGUGAGACGAUCUCUAUUCACAACCCCGAUUUCGUCAAUGGAAGGGGGAACAGUGCUCUUGUGGGAAAUAAGGUCUAUGUCCAAUGUGUAGAGAGUGACAACAUCGUGGAGUACAACAUGCAUGAGCAAAAACUAUCUCUCAUCACCUUGCCAUUUGAGGACCAGGAGGGGAUCGACUCGACCAUUGAGCUCAUGGGGGUGGAGGACGGCAGUCUGCUGUUUGCGUCCCUGCUGGAGGCUAAACUCUACCUAUGGACUAUGGAGGCUGGUCCCGGUGGAGCUGCGGGAUGGGCGCGACGCUGGGCCAUCGAGCUCGAACCAUCGCUGCCUGCUCGUGUCCUCGGUAACAUGGCAAAUACGCUGGCUGGCUUUGCAGAAGGUGUUGGUGUCAUCUUCCUGAGUACAAAUGCAGGGCUGUACGCACUUGAGCUCAAUUCGGGCGAAGGCAACAAGGUUCACCAAAGGUGGUUCGGUAAGGUCGUGCCCUACACGAGCUUCUGUACUAGAGCAAUAGGGCGGUUGGCUGGUCUCUCACACGCACUUGGCCGGCCUACAAGAGCUUCUGUACUAGAGCAAUAGGGCGGUUGGCCGGCCUCUGAUGAAGCUUCACGCGCAGUUGUUGGUGCUUGAAGGAUAUUACCAAAUGGCGUCUGGACCUUGGUUUGACUUUUUCAGCCCAGGAAGAAUUUGAAGUGAACUUGAGCCUAAUUUGUUGCUGGUUGUGUUGAACGAUCUGGUUAGGUGGAUGCGCUUUUGUUCCAUUUCUGCUUGUGCCAAAAACUUGAGUCCUUUCGUCCGAGUUGGGUGCAACUCAAACUGACUGUGAGGAGAUUUUGGUUAUCAGUUGAUGACGGUUUUGUGGCAUGAAUUGGUGCAACUUUCUUCUUCCCUAUCUUUGUCUGAUAGAGCGGAUAUUAUUGUCCUGAAAAUGCACUGUUCUGGGAUUUACGGUGUACAAUCUCUCUAUGCAGUAAGAAAUUUAUGGUGGAUCUCACAGUUUUA